CUCACCUUAGUUUGUUUCCAUGUAUAACUUUCUCCGACUUUCUAGGACGUGUUUUAUGCCACUUCUUUUUCUGUCUCAUUUUGUCCACCAAACUUUUAACGUUGUGCGUGAAUGCACAAAGGGGGCGCUGUGACAACAACAAGCGUCGGUGUUUCCGGGCGAAACCCCGCAAAGCCUGAUGGGAGAUGUAGUAUUGACGUGGUUUAACAAGCCGGCCAAACCAGCGACUUCUCCGCCUCCCUCCGUCCAGACACAGUGAGCUACGCGCAGAUGGAGGAGCGCAAUGACGGAGGAGUUUGAUGAAGAUGUUGUAUUUGAGAACUCUCCUCUUUUCCAGUACCUGCACAAUCUAGGCCACACAGACUUCGAGGCAUGUCCCACGGCGGUGCAGGAGGCGGAGUAUGGCGGACAGGAGGGCGACCCCGGUUCAAAUCAGCAGAAAGGAGGCCUCAUGAACACGCUGGCUGAAGCCUGGUGGAGAUGGAGCCCGUUUCACUCCUCCUGCAAGCUGGAGCAGCAGCUGGACGGCGUGUUUGGCCAGUACUCUGUGAAGUCCAUUCUGGACCAGGAUGUCCUGCUCCAGGAGGACGUGGAGCUGAUCGAGCUGCUGGACCCCAGCCUGCUCACGUUGGGCUCGUCGCCCGGUACUUUGUCCCGACCCGGUUUCUUCGCCACACCCUCGUCAUGGGACGUAGCAGGUCUUGUGGGCCUGGCCGCAGUUUUGCUGGGUCUCUGCUCAGAGUCCGGGGGUCUGUGGUUGCUAGCCGCCGCCCUGCUAGGUUGGGCGGGGCUGAGGGCGGUGACGCUGUGGAGGCAAGCUCGAGUGCAGCGGGCCGUCCACGCCAGAGUCUCUCAGAUUCACACGCUGGUCCACAACAGCAAGACCCUGACAGGCUUGUCCCGUAAAGCUCUGCGUCUGGUCCAGGAAACAGAGGUCAUCUCCAGAGGGUUUACCCUUUUGCUCGACAGGGUGAGUGCGGCCGUCACCUUUAGCAGGGCGGGGCCGGGGGCGGUGCCACACGGACAGCAGCUGAUGGGACUGAGGAAGACCUUGUAUCGGGCCCUGCGCUCUGCCUUCCGAGCCUCCAGGAGAGCCACGUGUCACAUGCUGAAGGCGUUCCCGUUGAGCUCGGAGAUCGACAAUGUGACCAACUACGUGUCCGCCGUGCCUCUGAAGGAACUGGGUCUCGGCCUGGGAAUCGAACAUCUGGGUGACGAGCAGGCCCAGGAGCUUACAGACGACUACAGCCUCCCCGCCCUUAAGAUGCUGUACCAGCUGUGGGUGGGGCAAAACUCAGAGUGUUUCCGCAGAUUAGCUCUCCUCUUGUCGCAACGGCAACUGGAGGAGAAGUCCGAGGAAGGGGGCGUCCCCGCAGAAGAUUCUGCUCCGCCCGCUUUGCACCGCUCCAUCGCCGCAGUAACGGAGCCCCUCCACCACGCCCUGGCCGCUUGUCUCGGGGAGGUGCAGCGGAGCUACGACUUCCACCGCCACUUCCAGACGCAGGCGAAGACCUCGUGUUCGGACCGGAACGGUGGAGCGGGGGAGAAAUGCAGAGAGCUCAACAGUCUGCACACAUCCAUAAGAAGCCUCCAGCUGCACCUGAAGGCCGUGCUCAGCGAGAUGAUCAUCCUGGAAGACGACCUGGAGAAGCUGAUGGUGGCCAAGGAACCAAGGGAGCUCACUCUGGAGAGUUACCGAGACCUCAGCGAGCGCCUGCACCAGCUGCAGCCGCACAUGAAGGCCAGCACCGGCUGCUGGGACGACACCGUCGGUCAGGUGUCGCGCAUGCUGAGGCGGGCCAACGCCUGUCCAGGCUCUGCUCAGACUCCAGACCAGUGUGGUCCUCCUGAGACCGAGGUCCCUCCGCCUCCUCCUCCUCCAUCUUACCCCUUGAUCCUGGACAAAGAUCCGGUUCCAGAAGAGAUGGAGUGGGAGGGCUACGUGUCGGACUCAGACUCGGAAGGAGAAAGAAAGGGUUCCUGGUGCGACAUGUUGAGUCCCGAGGAACGGGAACGUCAGCGGCGUGGGAGGGAGGAGUCCCGCCGCGUCCUGUCCGAGCUUAAAGUGGUGCUGGGCUUCCGUGCGUCCGACGGCGAGAGGAUGAAGAGGAAGCAGAUGCUCUUCAGCGACCAAGCUGCCAUGACACCUUCGACUUGCGCUCGCGGCGCCGAUGCCGACACGGGUUCAGCAGAAAGAGGCGAGGAAGGAGGAAGCAUCCCAUCAGAGUGCACUGCAGGAAACCACGAGGAAGCGAGGGAAGGAAAGGACGAGCGGGUGAGGCCUGACCCCUCUGACAAGCCGCUGACUGAGUUCAGCUGCGGUCGGGAGGCGGAGGACGCCGACAUGGCAGGAGCGUUGGUUUCCACCAGAGGAGGGGGCGGAGCGUCCGAGCUGCACGAGUACGACGGCGUCCUGGAGGAGGGGGAGGAGCAGCAGAACGGUCUGGACCGCCCCAGGAAGCCCAAAGUUCCCACUCUCUCCGUCAUGGACCGUCUGACGGACAUCCACGGCUUGGACGUGCUCAGCUUCAGCUCCGCCCUCGCCGCCCAGGUAGCUGCGCGCUCGCACCUGGCCAGGAAACUGGAGGAGCAGACAUUUGGAGAUGAUGAUGAUGAAGAAGAGGAGCAGUGAGCAAAGACUACCUCCAUGAUUGUCCAGUAUUUCCUAUUGUUCAUCUUCCUUUACUGCUUUACACUCAGGUACCAAACCACCUGUGACCUCAUCUGUGAAGACCGAGGCUCCGUCCAAUCAACACUGAUUAUUAUUCUACCAAAUACAACUGGACUUAUAGGCCUACUGAAAUGACAUUUUUUUAUUUAAACGGGGAUAGCAGAUCUAUUCUAUGUGUCAUACUUGAUAAUUUCGCGAUAUUGCCAUAUUUUUGCUGAAAGGAUUUAGUAUAAAACAACGACGAUAAAGAUCGCAACUUUUGGUAUCUGACAAAAAAAAGCCUUGCCCCUACCGGAAGGAGCGUGACGUAGUCAGCUGAACAUUUCCGCAAAGUUCCCUAUUGUUUAGUGAUGGCGGCCAGAAGUGAGAGCGAUUCGGACCGAGAAAGCGACGAUUUCCCCAUUAAUUUGAGCGAGGAUGAAAGAUUUGUGGAUGAGGAACGUUAGAGUGCAGUUCAAGACAUAUCUUUUUUCGCUCUGACCGUAACUUAGGUACAAGCUGGCUCAUUGGAUUCCACACUCUCUCCUUUUUCUAUUGUGGAUCACGGAUUUGUAUUUUAAACCACCUCGGAUACUAUAUCCUCUUGAAAAUGAGAGUCGAGAACGCGAAAUGGACAUUCACAGUGACUUUUAUCUCCACGACAAUACAUCGGUGAAACACUUUAGCUACGAGCUAACGUGAUAGCAUCGUGCUUUAACUGCAUAUAGAAACAAAAGAAAUAAACCCCUGACUGGAAGGAUAGACAGAAAAUCAACAAUACUAUUAAACCAUGGACAUGUAACUACACGGUUAAUGCUUUCCAGCCUGGCGAAGGUUAACAAUGCUGUGCUAACGACGCCAAUGAAGCUAACUUAACAACCGGACCUCACAGAGCUAUGCUAAAAACAUUAGCUCUCCACCUACGCCAGCCAGCCUUCAUCUGCUCAUCAACACCCGUGCUCACCUGCGUUCCAGCGAUCGACGGUGCGACAAAGGACUUCACACGAUCACAGAUGCGGUUGGCGGCCCGGAGACAUAGGAAGUCAAGGUGAGGUCACCGGCUAGCGCAUCUGCUCUCCAACAAAGUCCUCCGGUUGUGUUGCUGUAGUCCGCUGCUAACACACCGAUCCCACCUACAACUUUCUUCUUUGCAGUCUUCAUUGUUCAUUAAACAAAUUGCAAAAGAUUCACCAACACAGAUGUCCAGAAUACUGUGGAAUUAUGAAAUGAAAACAGAGCUUUUUGUAUAGGAUUCUACGGGGUACCAAUACUUCCGUUUAACUGACUACAUCACGCGCAUACGUCAUCAUACCGAGACGUUUCAGCCGGAUAUUUCCCGGGAAAUUUAAAAUUGCACUUUAUAAGUUAACCCGGCCGUAUUGGCAUGUGUUGCAAUGUUAAGAUUUCAUCAUUGAUAUAUAAACUAUCAGACUGCGUGGUUGCUAGUAGUGGCUUUCAGUAGGCCUUUAAGUUUCACGGGAAAAAAAGCCUCGGUGGCUUAGAAGAGAACCAUGUGGAACGCCACCAAUACUAAUACUAUGAUCAUGUAGCAUCAUGGUCAUUCAUUAUUAUUUGUUGAAAGUUGUUCUACAUUGGGGGAAUACUUUCUGCAGUGUUCUUUAGUGUUCUAAUCCAAAGCGAAAAGACCUUGACUAAAACCACAGGAAGAGAAGUGAAAUUUGAUUUGCACUGUGCAUUCAUAAACAUCUAGAAAUGGACUAUUUGAAGACCAUUACUUGUGAAGUGGCCUUUGGGGGACUAAGUCAUGACCGAUAAUGACGAUCUGCUUGCUGGGAAUCAUCAUGUCCGUCAUGUGAGGGACAAUCUCUUUUCAUAUGACGUCAUAGAAGCCAGACUUGGUCUACACCUUCCCGGACUUGACACUCCUCAUCCCUUUUUUUCCCAAAGUGAAAUAAAAUACUAUUCA